GACUCAUAUGAAAAAGCAAGAGGGAAGUUGCGGCAGGCCGAGAGCGAGUCAGAUUUACAAACAGCAGAAGAGGGGGAACCCAGAAAAAGAAGGCUAAACAAGCGCUAUGUAAUUGACAACGAUGACAGCAGCAGCGGUGAUAGUGACAGUAACCCAAGCAGUCCGGAACCAACCAGGCCUCGCACCUCUGCUAGUACAUCACUUGCCACUCUGCCUACACCAUCAACUGCAACGCCUUCAACCAAGACUCAAACCAUGGCUAGUACAUCACGUGCUAGUCUGCCUGCACUACCUUCAAUGCGUUCGACCAAGACUCAUACUGGUUUGUCGGCUAGUACAUCACGUGCCAGUCUACCUGGACCACCUGCACCGCCUUCACCAGCCAGGCCCCCUUCCCCAUCAACACCAUCACCCCCUUCCUCACCUGUGGCAGCCUCCAGGAAUGAUAAUGCAUUUGAACUACGUGUCGUAACCUUGCUUUUGGACAUUAAAGCUCAGGUGGAGCAUAACACAAAGCUCAUCAUUGCUGAGAGAACCAAAAAUAGAGAACCUGACGAGGCGGAUGCAGUUUUUCCUUUGAAAACACUUGAAGAGGUGGAUGCGCUGGAGCAGACCGUGAAAGAUGUCAGCAAGCAAAAACGCCUGGUGCAACAGCUUUUACACAUAGGCGGCACCAACUUGGCUACCACUGUUCGUCGCAUUUUGACAUACUGUUUGACCCAGGAUGUAGCCAUCGCCUUCAACUGGUUAGGGAAGGGAAAUGGAGAGAAGAGAGCCUUUUCGACCCUUGCCCUCAAGACAGCGAUAUUUAAAGCUGUACAGAAGAACCCAUUAACUUCAGCUGCAUCUUUGGCCGAAGUAGAGGCAGUAAUGAAAUCAUGGUUCAAACAUGCAGCUGAUAGAAAUGCUGGCCGGCAGCGAAGGGGCAACAAUGAUUGAGAGGGGUUUGUUUAAGACAUCAGUUGUUUAAGACAUCAGUUUGUUUAGGAUAUUAGUUUAUGUCAAUAAGCCUUUUGCAAGUAAAAUUUUAAUAAAAUCUGGUACACUUACUCACUCAUAUGCUGAGCAUAGUAACUUUGAAUUUCCCAGACCAAAGAGACUGUUACUAUAUCACGUGAUUCAGGGCAAGCCUUACGCUAGCAACCCCCAGCUCCAGCAUGGUCUGGUGUCUGUGUGCCAUUCUCACUCAUUGUGGACAAUGAAUUGGUGCUGAGCGUCUCUUUCGUAACUAUGCAAGAGCUUGCCCCGAAUCAUGUGAUAUAUAGGAACAGUGUCUUUGGAGAUUAAAAUUUUGAGCAAAACAGUGUACCAGCUAUUAUUGAAAUUUAAAUCGCAAAGGGUAAAGGUUACGUGCAAAUGGCUUAUAUUCAAGAGACUUCGACAACUCAACCCUUGCCCAACUGGACUCGGAACAAAUCGUCCGUUGUGACAACUCGACCGUUGCUUAAGGGUGUCACUUCACCAUUGCAUCAAUAAUCAAAAUUCUGAAAUGCCACAAUAAGGUAUCGCGAUACAAAAUUGUCUAUUGCGAUACUUUAAUACUUAGAAAUAGAGGCUGCUAUUAAACGUGUGAUGCAUGAAUUGAAAACAAAAAUGUAAA